GUGUGUGUUUCAUGCAGGAAGGGAGGGCGGGCAGCAGAAACGCACAGGUCCAUGAGUGAACUACUGACUACAGUAUAUAAGGUUGUGCCCACUGGCAUAGAGAGAACCAGAGGAGCACGAAGCAGACAAAUUGAAGCAUUUGUCGCAACUUCAAUGGGCUUUAAUUGAACUCUGCAGGUGGGAAAAAAAGUCAGCACAGGAUUUUCAACUCUUAACUUGUCAGGUCCCUGGUUAGGUUAGUUUCUGCCUUUAGUGAAGAUGCUGUGGAGAAUGACCGUUGCCUUGGCUGUGAUGUGCGUGGGAGGCGCCUGCGACAGCUUGGGAGCCGAUGUGAUGAGCAGACUGAUCGUGCCCAGGGACUAUGGGGUGAAACUGUGCGGGAGAGAGUUUAUCAGAGCCGUCAUUUUCACCUGCGGCGGCUCCAGGUGGAAACGAUCCACAGUGGGGGAAUCGGACCCGUUCCACUGGACCUCCCUCGGUGAUGUUGCGGUUGAAGAUGACCGGCAGACCUGGCAGCGUGGCACAGAUCUCAGAGACGAAAAAUCUCCUCUCCCCGUUGCCACGUCCUCCUCCCUAGCAGACCUCUUGACCCUUUACAAAGCCACGAAUGACAGACAGCAGUCCUCUUCUAGCUUCCCAGGCCAGCUGAGGGAGUCCACGUCUUUAGGAGAGCAGGAGGAGAACAGAGAUGCCUCUGACCGGCUCGUAGCGAGCAAGAAGAAGAGGAACUUUUCUCUGGGCGUGGCGGGGAUGUGCUGUAACCAAGGCUGCACCAAGAACGAUAUUGGACGGUUGUGCUGAGGCGGGCGGGAGGGACAAAAGGCUGCCAGGAUACUAAAGAUUAGGUCAUUUGGUUGGAGCAAAAAGAGGGGAAAGGGUUGGUUUAUAUUUGUUCAACAGCAGCCAUUAACCUCUUUCUUCUUACUUAUUUUAACAUAAACCAUGUUCUGUAUGUAGACUCUCACCUUCCCUGAAACAUGGAAUAAAUUUUAAUUACUAUGUUAAUAUGAA